GCGGGAGCGGCCCGGGGAGCCCGAUCGCGCCAUGGAGGCGGCGGCGGGGGGCCGCGGCGGCUUCCAGCCGCACCCGGGGCUGCAGAAGACGCUGGAGCAGUUCCACCUGAGCUCCAUGAGCUCCCUGGGCGGCCCGGCCGCCUUCUCGGCGCGCUGGGCGCAGGAGGCCUACAAGAAGGAGAGCGCCAAGGAGGCGGGCGCCGCCGCCGCCGCCGCCGCCGUGCCGGCCCCGGUGCCCGCGGCCGCCGAGCCGCCGCCCGUGCUGCACCUGCCCGCCAUCCAGCCCCCGCCGCCCGUGCUGCCCGGGCCCUUCUUCAUGCCGUCCGAUCGCUCCACGGAGCGCUGCGAGACCGUGCUGGAGGGGGAGACCAUCUCGUGCUUCGUGGUGGGCGGCGAGAAGCGCCUGUGCCUGCCGCAGAUCCUCAACUCGGUGUUGCGCGACUUCUCGCUGCAGCAGAUCAACUCCGUGUGCGACGAGCUGCACAUCUACUGCUCGCGCUGCACGGCCGACCAGCUGGAGAUCCUCAAAGUCAUGGGCAUCUUGCCCUUCUCCGCGCCCUCGUGCGGGCUCAUCACCAAGACGGACGCCGAGCGCCUGUGCAACGCGCUGCUCUACGGCGGCGCCUACCCGCCGCCCUGCAAGAAGGAGCUGGCCGCCAGCCUGGCGCUGGGCCUGCAGCUCAGCGAGCGCAGCGUCCGCGUGUACCACGAGUGCUUCGGCAAGUGCAAGGGGCUGCUGGUGCCCGAGCUGUACAGCAGCCCCAGCGCCGCCUGCAUCCAGUGCCUCGACUGCCGCCUCAUGUACCCGCCGCACAAGUUCGUGGUGCACUCGCACAAGGCCCUGGAGAACCGGACCUGCCACUGGGGCUUCGACUCGGCCAACUGGAGGGCCUACAUCCUGCUGAGCCAGGACUACACGGGCAAGGAGGAGCAGGCCCGGCUCGGCCGCUGCCUGGACGACGUGAAGGAGAAGUUCGACUACGCCAACAAGUACAAGCGGCGGGUGCCCCGGGUCUCCGAGCCCCCAGCCCCCAUGAGACCCAAACCCGAUGACUCUUCCCAGUGCCCCGCAUCCUCUGAGAAGGACAAGCAACCCAGCUGGCUGCGGACCUUGGCUGCUUCCUCCAACAAGAGCCUCGGCUGCCCUCACCCUCGCCAGCGCCUCUCUGCUUUCCGACCCUGGUCCCCUGCGGUCUCCACAAGCGAGAAGGAGAUCUCCCCACACCUCCCAGCCCUGAUCCGCGACAGCUUUUACUCCUACAAGAGCUUCGAGACGGCUGUGGCCCCCAACGUGGCCCUUGCCCCGCCAGCCCAGCAGAAGGUGGUGAGCAGCCCGCCAUGCGCCACUGUGGUGUCCCGAGCUCCCGAGCCUCUCCCCACUUGUGUCCAGCCUCGGAAGCGGAAGCUGACUGCAGACACCCCAGGAGCCCCGGAGACGUUGGCGCCCUCAACUGCCACGGAAGAGGACAAGGACUCGGAGGCCGAGGUGGAAGUUGAGAGCAGAGAGGGAUUCACGUCCUCCCUGUCCUCGCUGUCCUCUCCAUCCUUCACCUCGUCCAGUUCUGCCAAGGACCUGAGCUCCCCAGGCACGCACGCCCCACCCGCGGCCGCCCCGGAUGCCGCAGCCCACGCCGACACCCCCAGUGGGCUGGAGGCGGAGCUGGAGCACCUGCGGCAGGCCCUGGAGGGCGGCCUGGACACCAAGGAAGCCAAAGAGAAGUUCCUGCAUGAAGUGGUCAAGAUGCGCGUGAAGCAGGAGGAGAAGCUGAACGCAGCCCUGCAGGCCAAGCGCAGCCUCCACCAGGAGCUGGAGUUUCUGCGUGUGGCCAAGAAGGAGAAGCUGCGGGAAGCCACGGAGGCCAAGCGGAGCCUGAGGAAGGAGAUCGAGCGCCUCCGAGCCGAGAAUGAGAAGAAGAUGAAAGAGGCCAACGAGUCUCGGGUGCGCCUGAAGCGGGAGCUGGAGCAGGCGCGGCAGGCCCGAGUGUGUGACAAGGGCUGCGAGGCCGGCCGUCUGCGCGCCAAGUACUCCGCUCAGAUCGAGGACCUGCAGGCCAAGCUGCAGCACGCAGAGGCCGAUCGGGAACAGCUGCGGGCUGACCUGCUGCGGGAGCGCGAGGCCCGUGAGCACCUGGAGAAGGUGGUGAAGGAGCUGCAGGAGCAGCUGUGGCCUCGGCCGCCACCUGAGCACACCGGCGGCGGGGGCAGCACCGACCUUGAGCCCUAGCCCUGGCGUGGCCGCCCGGCGGCGUGGUCUCCAGCUUGACCCCCAGCUCAGGCCCGGUGGGCGGGCGGCAGCGGGCGGCGCUGCCCAGGCCCAGCCCCGCCCCCGCAGCCACCCAGCACAACGUCUCUACUGUGCCUAUUACCAAACGAGUGUUUGUAACCACACACUUUUGGAAUCCACUGCAAAAUUUUCUACUGGCCAAGUUCAAAUAAGCAAGCUGUGUCCCUAGCUGCAGCCAGUCCACGCCAGCACGGUGGCUUGUGGCUGGAUCUCUGCUUGCCAGAACAUUCUAACAUUUACACUUUUGUUAUAAGCUAUUUAAAACCAAUAAGGAGACUUGAUACUCAGAAAAAUCAACACGUUUUUUAGUGACUAACUUUCAUAGGCUUUGACACGCCACACCGUCUGGAGGCCCGCCCUGGGGCCUGGGAAGCCAUCACCGCUCAUCUGUGCCCGCGGCCGCACAAGGGCAGCAAGGGUUUUCUUCAGAGUUUAUUUUUUCAGCGACAAGGGCCCGGGUCUUCCUGCUCCGCCAGGAAGAGCAGGUCGAGUGCCGCGUGCGAGAUGAGCCGAACACUGCCCGCCUUACCGCCGCCCGCCCCGCUGCCCGGCCGCCGCUCCACGGGCUCCCGGAGGCCGAGCUGCGCAGGAGCCGUGGGGGGGGGGGGGGACAACGGAGACGUCCCGGCGCCCCGUGCCCGCCUCCGCCGCUGGGACCGGCCCGGGAACACGCGCCCCUUGACCCCCGGCUCUCGGCACUUUGGCACACACCGCCCAUUCCCAUCGCCGGGCUGAGGCUGCAGCUUUGGAACAAAUAGCAUUACAUCACUUUUUUUUGUUACUCAUUCAUUUAAACGUAUGUUUAGAACUGCACUUUGUCAAAAACCUUCCCUUCUCUUUUUACUCCCCAGUUAACUGAGGUUUUUACCGAUUUCUAGAGCAGUUCAAACCCUAAGUGCUCGAGUGCUUAGAAAUCCCCUCUGGUGCUUGGUUGAACAAGGGAAUCACAAGAAAACGAACACGCAGAAACUGAACUUGGGGGUCGUUCUGUGCCUUCCAGCGUCUCGUACAGCAAACCUGACUCAUGUCUUUUUACCCCCAAAAAUACCGUCUUCAGUAGCGAUUGAAAUCUGCCACUGUCAGAAUACGUUACUUGCAUUUAUUCCAAAUAGUCUUGUUUACUCUUAACUGUUCAUGCAAAUUGUAUAAGGUUUCUUAUGCCCAAGCUUGAAAAACGAUUUUCCAGUAGACAGGAGGCCGC